AGAGAGAGAGAGAGGGAGGGAGUCAGUAGGUCCGCGCACAGAGCAGGAGAGCCGCAGUGUGUGUGAGAGAUGUGUGUAUGCCGGUGGAUACGGGAUCACCUGCCUGUCCGCGUCACUCCUCCGCCGCGCCUUUACGCAUCAGAGCCGAGCGCACGCUUCGCACCCUGCCGCCGCGCGUAAAAGCGCAACUCCGCGAGGACCGCUGGUGCUUUCGGGCUUUUCCCCGGGAGUGGAUCUGCCCGGAGCGCGCGACUCCAGACCCGGCCGACUCCCCCAGCCUCUGAUUAGGGCUAAUUUUCUCGCGAGGACGUUUGGAACACUCGAGCUGAAGCUCGCGCGCCGUGCGUAAAAGCGCUACAGCUCCGGAUCCAUGAACUCUAUGAAGGAUCCUCUGACUCUGGAGCAUCAGCAGCACAUGGCCGGAGGCAAAGCGGCCGCCCUACACACCCCCUUAGCCAUGGCCUCCAGCCUGCAGCCCCUCAAACCGCGGCUGGAAGGGCGCAGCGUGGCCGACUCCUCCAGCCCCGAGUGCGCAGAUAAAGACAAGUCCAGCUCGAAGGAUGAACCGUGUGAUGACCCAUGUAAGAAAAAGCGGCAGCGGCGGCAGCGAACCCAUUUCACCAGUGCGCAGCUGCAGGAACUCGAGGCCACAUUCCAGCGGAACCGCUAUCCGGACAUGAGCACGCGCGAGGAGAUCGCAGUGUGGACGAAUCUGACGGAGGCCAGAGUCAGGGUGUGGUUCAAAAAUCGGCGAGCCAAGUGGCGCAAGCGUGAGCGCAACCAGCAGGCGGAGCUGUGUAAGGGCGGCUUUGGUGCCCAGUUUAACGGGUUGGUGCAGCCCUAUGAGGACAUGUAUGCCAGUUACCCGCCCUACAACAACUGGGCGGCCAAAAGCCUGGCACCAGCAUCGCUGUCUGCCAAAAGCUUCCCAUUCUUCAACUCGGUCAACGUGAGUCCACUCAGCUCUCAGGCUGUCUUCUCUCCACCCACCUCCAUCUCUUCUAUGAGCGUCUCCUCGGGCAUGGUGCCCACCUCUGGCCUCAACACGCCGCUCGGUAACCCCCUCAACAACCUGGGUGGACCCUCUCUCAAUUCUGCCCCUGCUUGCCCCUAUGCACCCCCGACGCCACCCUACGUCUACCGGGACACAUGCAACUCUAGCCUGGCCAGUCUCAGACUGAAAGCCAAGCAGCACUCCAGCUUCAGCUACGCGGGGGUGCAGACCCCGUCCAACCUCAGCGCGUGUCAGUAUGCAGUGGAUAGACCCGUUUAGGGAUUGGACACUGGGAAGAAUCCCAAAUUCAACCCCCUGUUUAUCCCCUCGCCCCCCAGCCCUGGGACUUUCACCUGUUGUCUAAAGGGGGUGCUAGAACAAAUACACACCCCUGAUGGUGCACCGUGACCCAAAAUGGACGCAAAGGGAAGGAAAGCACUCAGUGUAGGGCUGGGGUUCCCACCACCUCUCACCUUCAUUUCUACCUUAUGUUUACCCCCAAAUCACCAAGACUCUCCCCGAGUAUCCUCCAUCCUUUCCCAAGAAUUCCCAAUGUGAAUUUUACACAAUUAAUCAAAGCAGUUCUGGGACCCAUCUCGUAAACAUAUUCCAUCAUUUGUCCCAUCAGUUUACCUCUGUGACCCCCAAGAGUCUUCCCAAUCAUAGCCCAUUUAAAGCCCACCUAGAACAAGCACAAUGUUCAUCCAAAGUUGGAUAACCAGCCCUUCAAUUUAGACCCAUCUUCAAUUUCCCACUCUUUCACUUUACUCUAGGCCCUCUUUAAAAGGGCACUAGAAUAAAAUCACUUGUAAACUCUCAUUGUAGGAUUAAGACACACCCCUCUAAUUGUCUCCUACAAUUAUAUAUUUACCCCACCCAGUUUACCACCCCAAACCCAAAACUCAUUACCAAUCCUUCAAUUAAUUGGGUACUAAAACAAGAACAUGACCUCUGAUGUCUUUGGGUCCAAAGUGGUCUCAGUUUAUUACAAAUGGUAGUAAAGUGCUUAUGCAACAGUUGGUUAACUGCCUUCCUAUUAUCCUUUUACCCCAACUUACCCCACCAAGGAUCUACCUGCUAUCCAUCUACACCCUUCUUUAAAAUGGCACUAUAACAAAGACCAAAAUAGAAGCAUAGCUCUUAUUGUCAUUUACUCCCACAGUUGCCUCUGAUAAGUUUAACCCCUUAACCCCAAUGCUCUUUUCUUUUACACCUACCCUACAUUACCCACCCAAUCCCCUCCAAUCUACCCUGCAAUUGCCACCAUAUUUUGCCCCAGGAUUCACUUAUUACCUCUAUUAUUUAUAUAGAUGAUAUUAUAAUACUUAUGAAUACCAAAACUGAAAGCAAUGGGAAGAAAUUGUGUAGGACUUGGAUAACCUAUUAUUGUAUUAUGGUAACACAUUCUACCCCAAAAUUGCUCUACUAGUUUGCCCCAGGAUCUACUUUUAUUACCUCUAUUAUCUGCAUACAGGGUAGAAAUCUAUUUGAUACCUGUUCAGACCAAACUGACAGCAUUUAACCACUUUGACUCCCUCCAAUAUUUCCUCCAAUCUUUACUGCUUCAAAGGGUUAACCCAAACUGAUAUAAAAGGAAUGCCCAAAACACAUACGUAUUGUAUCCCCCCUAUUUGCCCCUAAGGAUUCAUCCUAAUUAACCCUUCUAUAUAUUUGACCUGCUAGACUCACUUUCUAUAUCUGUGUGGCCCAAAACUGAAUGAAAAGCUAAACUUUCUGCGCAUCUCUGGCCCCCAAAAAAAGAAAAAUGUGUAGGGCUUGCCUCAGGAUUCACUCUUAUUAUCUAUAUAUUUAUGUAGAGGCCACAGGAAUACUUUUAAAUACCCUUAAUGACCAUUUGAACACUAUAAUACCUUCAAUUUUAAUAUGUGUGACCCCAAGCUGAAUGUGAAUGGUUUGGAAAUACCUCAGCAACCACCCUCCAACCACACCAUUUUAACCCCAAUUCAUUGUCCUAAUUAUAUCACCCACUCUUUUAGAGGGAACUAGAAUAUGCCCACUGUUGUUGCACUAUGACCCAAAGUGGACUGAGCAAGCUGGGACUUCUCCCCAUUUAACCCCCUUUCCACUCCUAACCCCUGAUGUAUCUACCCUAUUACUACCCAACUAUUCUCAGUAUACCCAAGGAUGCUAAAACAUCUAGCGGCACUAGAAGGACCGAAGUACCACACUGCUAAAGGUUGAUGGUGCACCAUGAACAAAAAUGGAUAUGUCAGCCCACCCACCCUAAUUUUGCCCUAUUACCCCAAACCCAAUUAGCCCUGAGGAGGACUCUAUAAAGGGCGUGUAUAACCCAUUGCUGAUGGUAUACAGUGGCCCGAAGUGGCCCAAAGUGGACGGAAUUUAACGCAAAUGGAGACGAAGUCUCGUCCCGCUCUGGACUCUGGACUUUAUUAUGAUAUAAAUUCUCUGAUAAGAAUGCUGGUGCAGGUCGAGGAGGACGGGGGGAGGGUGUAAAUCCAUUGUAGCCCCGCCCCCUCACAUGAGCUUCUUUUGGGCUGCGUGCCUGUAUAUAUGUCUAAAGAUCAUCAUCACCUCCGACGGGAGUGAAUGCUGUAGCUCUUUAAACACACUUUAACACAGCAUGUGGUAAAAAAAAAUAAAAUUAAAUCUAACAGUCUUGCUUGCAAAAAAAGGAAAAAAAUUAAUAAAAAAAGAAAAGAAGAGCAGAAGAAGAUAAAUAAGGGGGAUGUAUAUAGUCAGUGUGUGGUUCCGUGUCUGUGUGGAUGUAGCUGUAGGAUAUAGACAGCCUGGGCAAAUCUGCUCCAUCACAUGGGGUUUAAAUCUGUGGACAAAUCGUUUGGUACGGACUCUCUUUUUUGUUUUUGUUUUUUGUUUGUUUUUCAAAAAUCCAAAAAUAAUAAUGAUGAUAAUGAUGAUAAACUAUUGUGUUUUAUUUAAUGGAAGUAAAAUAUAAUGUUCUGAACCGUU